AUAUAUAAAUAUAGAUCGCCGUGGCCACGCAAUGGAGGUGCAGCAAAUUUGUAAUUCACCAGUUAGUUAAGAUCACAAUAUAGGUGUCGCCCCUUCUCAUACAUAUAUAUAUAUAUAUGUAUCUCAUCUGCCAACAAAUUAGCUUGGUUUUUUAAGAAGCUUGCAAGAUUUUAAAUGGAUACAAUCGACCGAAACGAUCCAAUAAUAACUUCGAUCGAAGAGAAGAUGAAAAGCUUGCAUCGCUUAACCCCCCGAGUGUUGUAUCUAUAGAGUUCCUCACAGACUUCGCAGGCAUGGAGAAGAAUUUUACAAACCCAAGGUAGUUUCUAUAGGUCCACUUCACCAUGGCGAUAAAGGCUUAGAGAAGAUGGAAGAGAAGAAAAUGAUUUAUCUAAACGAUUUUCUUCAACGGAACAAUGUAAAUUUGUGGCAAUGUUUUGAGACUGUACGUGAAGGCCUAGAAGGAUUAAGAAGUUGUUACGCAGAAGAUCUGCGGUACAAAGAAAAUGAACUCGAACUCGUGAAGAUCAUUGUAGUGGAUGCUGUUUUUGUUGUUGAGGUUUUAUUGAAAUGUUCGGGCAUAGGAUUACGAGGUGAUAAUGAUAGAAUGUUCAAUGAAUGGAUAUUAAGUGCUGUCAGGACUGAACUUCUGCUGCUUGAAAAUCAGUUGCCCUUCUUUAUCCUUGAGGAUCUUUGGUGGUUAGGAACGAAAGGGUACCUUUCGCUGAAGCGAUAUUGCUACGAUUUCUUCUUACAAAAUAAUUUUUUAAAGGAAAACGAAAAAUGUUGGGAGCAAUUAAGGCCAAAGCAUUUACUUGAUCUCCUGAGAAUGUUUUAUGAACCUGCAUCAUCGACGGCACAAGGUCAAGAUGGACAACAACAUUCUAGUUGUGCAGCUCAAACAGUUCUAUGCAUUCCUAAUGCAAAAGCAGAGGAUGAGCCAGUUCUAUGCAUUCCUAAUGCGACCCGACUACAUGAAGCGGGAGUUGAGCUUAAGAUGACAAAAACAAACGAAUUAUUGGACAUAGUUUUCACCAACGGGACUUUGGAAAUUCCUGUAUUGGAAAUUAGUGAUGACACAGAAUCAAUAUUAAGAAACUUAAUUGCCUUUGAGCAGUGCCACAAUUGCAAAAAAAGUUACUUAUCUCAUUACGCAAGAGUGAUGGAUUACAUUAUCAACACUCCAAAGGACGUGGAUUUACUUGUUGAAAAAGGAAUUGUUGUGAAUUUGUUAGGUCACAGCGAUGAUGUGUGUACCAUAAUCAACAGACUAGGAGAUGGUGUCAGUAUAAGCUUUGGAACUAAUUUUCAUUAUGCUCGUCUUUACAAAGAAGUUGACUCACACUGCAAAACCCCAUGGCACCAGUGGAAAGCAACCUUAAAACAUGAUUACUUCAACACACCAUGGGCAAUCAUUUCUUUCAUUGCUGCAGUUGUUCUAAUCGUGCUUACCAUUAUACAGACAGCAUGUUCUAUUAUCUCUACUAAAAAUGGAAAAUGAUUCUGAUUCUGUUUGUCAAUUCUCUUCUUCUUAUCGUGACCGUGGAUGUUGGUCACGAAGAAAAAAAAAAAAAAAACAAAAAAGUGGUUUGCUAUGGCCUAAACUUUGCUGUGUAUUGUUGGGAUGAGAAUUGGAAUCAUAUGGUAAUUGAAGGCGAGGCAUUAUAUGGAAACCCGAUGUGCUUCUUCGUUUGUGUGUCUUUGUGAGAAUUCAUAAUGUGGAUCAUGUACUUAUUCGCAGGACUUGUAUGUGGGUGCUUGAAUUAAUAAUGCUUCUUCUUUUUCGGUUUUUGUA